GUGCAAAACGAGAGAGAGGAGAGGAGUUUCUUGUUUUCAUUUUCCUAUUUAUAAAUGGAUAAAUUCUAAUCACCAAAACUUCAAAGCUUGCAAACUCUUCUUUCCCUCCCUCUCUCAUCUUGCAUUGUUUGCAGCCUAGUGGCUCAAAGAUCUGUUUGGUUUCCAGAGAAAAACUGGGUCUACCAUUGUAACGUUUACAAUCUUUAUUCCCAACUUCUCUGGAAAUCUAAAUCGAGCGUUUACAUUUUUUGUACUCUACUCUUAAAUUUUGGCCAUAAAAAUCUUUUGUUCUUCAAGUGUUUGAGGUUUUGAUUAGAAGAAGUGAUUAAGGAACUUGAGUGAGUGAGUGUUCAUUGAAUGCUAACAGUAGCAUAAUAGCUCUCAUGGAAGGUGAGAAAGUUGUGGAGCUGAAGGACCAUAGCAAUGAAGUGGUGGUCUCCAUUUUGGGUAUUGAAGAAACUUUGAGGACAGACAAGCAAAGUGAGGGUUUUAAGGGUUUCACAUCAUUAGAAUCUGAAUCACCCUCUUAUUCAAAAAACAUUACCCCAAUUGGGUCUUCUCCUAAUUCUGGGUUAACGGAGCUUCAAAGUCUCAAAGCCAGAGUCCAAAUAUCCACACUUUCAAGCUCUUCUUCUCCAGAGAUAACUAAGUCAAGUCCUACCCCAAACAAGCCUCCAAAAAUCCCAGAAGAAGCUAGUAGUAUUACUCCACGAAGGUCACUUGCACAGUCUGCUUAUUUCAAGCCGAAAUCAAGAUUAUUGGAGCCAUCUUAUCCUAGCUAUUCGCAUUUGGUUGAAGAGAAUAGCCAAUUGUCACAUUCAAGCUCACCUUAUAGGAAUUCGCCUCUCAAAACCAAAGCCAGUACUCCUAAAGAAAAUGUCAGGUCAACCCCAAUUACUCCAAGAACACCGCUGCUUCCUUCACCAGGAGAGGAGGAGGAGGAUGAUGAAGAUGUCUAUAAGACUUCAAAUCUUAAAUUCGAUGAGAAAGUGGGCAAGAAAUUGAAGGUCAUGGUUUUACUGGAGUGGAUUGCAUUUGUAUGCAUAAUGGUUGUUUUAAUUGCUAGCUUAACUGUUGACAAAUUGCAGCAUCAUACAGUUUGGAGUUUGGAAAUUUGGAAAUGGGGUGUGCUGGUAUUGGUAAUUUUUUGUGGCCGAUUGUUUACCGAAUGGUUUAUCAAUGUUAUAGUUUUCUUGAUUGAAAGGAACUUUCUCCUUAAGAAGAAGGUUCUGUAUUUUGUUUAUGGCUUGAAAAAGAGUGUUCGGCUUUUCAUUUGGUUGGGUUUGGUUCUUCUGGCUUGGGUUCUGUUGAUAAACCGGGGGGUCAAGCGAUCAAGGAAAACUACCAGAAUUUUGAAUUAUAUCACAAGGGCUUUGGCAUCUAGUCUUAUUGGGGCAAGUAUAUGGAUGCUGAAGACUUUACUCAUAAAGCUAUUAGCUUCUUCUUUUCAUGUCACAAGAUUCUUUGACAGGAUUCAAGAAUCUAUAUUUCAUCAGUAUGUUCUUCAGAGCCUUUCAGGGCCUCCUUUGAUGGAAUAUGCAGAAAGGGUUGGCAGUGCAAGGAGUGGUGGCCAAUUGAGUUUCAAGAAUCUGAAGAACGGAAAACAAAUGGAGAAAGAAGAGGUGAUUGAUGUAGAGAAGCUUUAUAAGAUGAAACAAGAGAAGAUUUCUGCGUGGACCAUGAGAGGGUUGAUUACAGUGAUUCAGGGUUCAGGGCUGUCAACCAUUUCCGAUGCACUCGAGGAGAGUGUUGAUGAUGAUGGCAUUGAGCAAAAAGAUAAGGAGAUUACUAGUGAGUGGGAAGCAAAGGCCGCUGCUUUUCGAAUUUUUAAAAAUGUAGCAAAGCCAGGUCACAAGUAUAUUGAUGAGGAGGACCUCUUGCCUUUCAUGAAAAAGGAGGAAGUGGAUAACAUGCUUCCAAUGUUUGAGGGGGCAGCAGCGACCGGAAAAAUUAAGAAAUCAUCUUUAAGGAAUUGGGUGGUGAAUGUCUACAAUGAACGGAAAGUACUGGCUCAUUCCCUGAAUGAUGCUAAAACAGCCAUUGAGGAGCUGAACAAAAUUUCAUCAGGAAUUAUACUUGUGGUAAUCAUUAUUGUGUGGUUACUUUUGAUGGGAUUUGCAACAACCGAAGUGCUUCUUUUUAUUGGAUCUCAGCUUUUACUCUUGGCAUUUAUGUUUGGCAACACCUGUAAGACUGUAUUUGAAGCCAUCAUAUUUGUAUUUGUGAUGCACCCGUUUGAUAUAGGGGAUCGUUGUGUCAUUGAUGGGGUACAGAUGAUCGUUGAAGAGGUGAACAUUUUGACCACAAUCUUCUUGAGAUAUGACAAUGAGAAGAUAAUCUAUCCGAAUUCAGUUUUGGCUACCAAACCAAUCAGCAAUUUUUAUCGAAGUCCAGAGAUGAGUGAUUCUGUGGAGUUUUCUGUUGAUGUUUCAACUUCAGCUGAGAGUAUUAUGGGUCUAAAAGCUAAAAUAAAAGCGUACUUAGAGAGCAAGCCUCAGCAUUGGCGUCCAAACCACAGUGUGCAAGUUAAGGAGAUUGAGGAUGUUAACAAGAUGAAAAUGGGUCUCUACGUUACUCAUACCAUAAACUUUCAGAAUUAUGGGGAGAAGAGCAACCGACGAUCUGAGCUAGUAUUUGAACUAAAGAAAAUCUUUGAGGAGCUUGGUAUCAAAUAUCAUCUUCUUCCUCAAGAAGUUCAUGUCAGCUAUGUUGAGUCUAAAGGCCCAACAUUUACAAAUGCUUCACGGUGAUGAGCAUUGUGCUAGGAUGAGAAUAUUCCUACUCUCUCUGGCAAGUAUGUGCCUUCACUCUGUACUUCUAGACUUCAGGUUAUUCAAUCAAGCUCUACUUGCUAAAAAAAUGUUGGUGACUUGUGACUUGAAACCUUCUUGUUGCAAAAUUUACUCCCUAAAUGCUCUUCAUCCUAAUCCUCAAUCAUCUUAGGCAUGGAAAAUCCUACUUUAGGGCUGUAAUCUUAUAAAGCUAGAUUCUAAAUAGUGUGUUGGCAAUGGCAACAACAUUCAAAUGUAUGAGGAUAGAUAGAUCCCAGGUGUAGACAAACCUCUGCAUAAAGAAUAUCCUCUUCCCUGGAGGUGGUAUUCAAAUUUAUUUCUUUUCUUUU